AUGCCCAUGGACCACGACGUAGAUAUGGAUGCUGAGAUCAAGUCUGAGAGAGUCCAGAGCAGAAGAGGCCAUGCAAACCAAGAGGACCCCAGCACACAUCACGCUCCCUUGUUUUUGGUCCAGGUUCAUGGCCAAGGAGGAGUCAAGUUCCAGAAUUGGGCCAAGACCUAUGGCUCCUCUCCAGAGCUGUUCUUCCAGCCUACCUCGGUGGAGGAGAUCCGGGAGAUCCUGGACAUGGCCAGGCAACGGGACAAGAGGGUGAAGGUGGUGGGGGGCGGUCACUCUCCUUCGGACAUCGCUUGCACCGAUGACUUCAUGAUCCAGAUGGGGAAGAUGAACAGGGUCCUCAAGGUGGACAAGGAGAAGCAGCAAGUGACGGUGGAAGGUGGGAUUUUCCUCUCGGAUCUGAACGUCGAGCUGAGCAAGCAAGGGCUGGCCCUGGCCAACUUAGGAGCUGUUUCUGAGGUGACAGCGGCCGGUGUGAUCGGGACAGGGACGCACAACACUGGGAUCAAGCACGGCAUCCUCCCCACCCAGGUCGUAGCCCUCACGCUGCUGACAGCCUCAGGGGAGAUCCUGGAGUGCUCUGAGUCCAUCAACGCAGACAUCUUCCAGGCUGCCCGCCUGCAUCUUGGCUGCCUGGGCGUCGUGCUCACAGUCACCUUCCAGUGCGUGCCCCAGUUCCACCUGCACGAGGUGACCUUCCCUUCCACCCUCACCGAG